CAUGGAGAAGAGAGGUGCCAUCUUCUUGUUCUAUAUUUUCUUUUGGUCUGUUACAUUCUUUCUCUCUUCCUGGGCUUAUGUUAAUGUCUCUCUAUACAAUAUCCCUGCAGUCUUUGCAUUUGGGGACUCAACCCUUGAUACCGGCAACAACAAAUAUCGUAACACGCUAUUUCGAGGCGAUCAUCCACCGUACGGGCGUGAUUUCCCUGGUCAUGUCGCAUCAGGCCGUUGUUCUAAUGGGAAAAUCAUGCCUGAUCUUGUGGUCGCAUGUUUAGGGAUUAAGGAUCUCCUACCUGCUUACUUAGAUCCUAAGGUGACUGAAUUAGACCUUAUUACUGGUGUUAGUUUUGCAUCAGCUGGUUCUGGCUUGGAUACCUUCAUGGGUCCCCUAUAUAAUGUUACAUAUAUGUCAACCCAAUUGGACUACUUCAAGGAAUGUCUAGAGAGGAUCCAACAAACCUUUGGAAGAAUUAGGGCAACUAAUAUUGUUGAGAAUUCAUUGAUCAUCAUUGGCGCUGGAUCGGUCGACAUGUUGUUUAACUACUAUGAUGUACCAGUGAGGAGAAUUCAAUAUUCAGUUUCAGCUUACCAUGAUCUUCUCCUUCAAAACCUUGAACCAAUUGUUCUGCGUCUAUAUAACAUGGGAGCAAGAAAGAUUGCGAUAUCUGGCCUCCCACCAAUCGGUUGCCUGCCAUUUCAAAGACUACUUGGUGCCGGAGCCAGCCUACUAACUCUGCAAUUGCCGAGAUAUGAUUGUGUGGAUCAACAGAACCAAGAUUCUCAGGCCUACAAUGCAAAGCUGCAAGACCUAAUUGGAACAUGGAAAGCUGAACUUCCCGGGGCCAAACUUGCUUAUGCAAAUAUAUAUGAU